CAACUCUCCACUUUACUACUAUUAAAAGCCCAGUGACAGAAUAAAUGCGUAGCUAUAUACAUAUACAUACACUAAUAUACAUACAUAAAUAUAUAUAUAUAUAUAUAGUGUAUAUACAUACUUAUAGAGAGAGAAUCUAACCAUGGAUGAUGGGUCCAUCUCCAUCACUGCAUCAUAACUUCUAAUUUCAGAAAUAGUAAUUCUGGAGUCUCAACACUGUUUAUUGCUCUGUUAUGUAGCAGAUCUGAGGUUCCACUGUCUCUGAAAGGCAACCUUUCAGCAAUGGGGAAAUCUCCUGGGAAAUGGAUGAAGACUGUUCUUUUCAGGAAGAAGAAAUCAUCGAAAACUAGUUUUUCGAAAGAUGCUACAAUUGAGAAAAAGGUAUCUGUAUUUGCUAAGGCACCAUCAGAAUAUUUGUCUGCCGAUCCUCCUGUGAUCUCGGAUCUGCCACCUCAGACCACUGAUAGAGGUGGAGAAAACACACAGUUCGAUAAUGGUACAACUACCAUGGGGUUGAAUUCAGAAAACAAUGCUGAGACGGCGAGGCAAGAGAAAGCUGCAACAAAGGCACAGGCUGCUUUUAGGGGUUACUUGGCUCGGCGUGCAUUUCGGGCCCUCAAGGGCAUCAUAAGGCUGCAAGCACUUGUUCGUGGGCACUUGGUUAGGAGACAAGCUGUUGCAACUUUGCAUUGCAUGAAAGCAAUUAUUCACUUUCAGGCUCUGGUUCGUGGUCAAAGGGUACGGUUUUCUGAUGCUGGGCGUGAAGUGCUUAAAAAUCGCAAUCUGAGAGAAUUUCUGGAUGCUAAGCGGUUGGAAUUAUUUGGAGUAACUACAUUUCUGAGGCCAGAGAAGUUAUCUACAAAUGCAUUUGUGACCAAGCUUCUUGCUUCAUCGUACACUACGAUGCCCCUGAGCCUCCAGUAUGAUCCGGUUGAACCAAAUUCAGUUUGGAGCUGGCUAGAACGUUGGUCAUCAUCCCGCUUUUGGGAACCACUUGCACAACCAAAUAACUCGCAAAGAAAUCAGGCUGAUAUCAAAACACUAGAAUCAGAAAAAGGAAGGCCAAAAAAAGGUGUUGGGAAGUUUUCUAGACUAAACGGUGACAAUGGUUCAUUGCACUCCUUCACUGAACAUGAAAAACCAAGACGUAACCUGCGGAAAACUCUGAACCAUCAAGCAGAACCAGUGCAAGAGAAUCCUCAAAAUGAACUUGAAAGGGUAAAGCGCAAUUUAAGAAAAAUUUCAGCAACCACCAAAGAGGCUUUUGAAAAAUCUGAAGUUAUAAAAGAGAAGCCACGUCGCAGUCCAAGUAAAUUGUCAAGCUCUCCCGCUGCAAAUGUUUUGGAGCAGAGGAUGGAUGAUUCUUCUGAGAAAAAGAGUCCAAAAAAAGUGUCAAGCUCUCCUGCUCCAGAUGUUUCCGAGCAGAGGGCGGAUGAUUCUUCCAAGAAAAUGAUUGAUUUAGCUGUCACACUGUCCGAACUGCCUGUCAUAGAAACAUCUCCAAAGGCACUGGCAGUGGAUGAAGGAACUGACAUGCUGUAUGACUAUCAUCCUGCCGUUGAUAUGCAUCAUUUAGAAAAUGGAGGGCAUGUUGAGAAAAAUCCCGCGGUUACUGAGGAAUUAAGCUCCAAGGAAGAUCAAGCCAGCAAGGAGAAUCAGAGAACCAGGAGGAGAUCUUUCCCUGCAAAACAGGAAUAUUCGGAGAAUGUCUCACAGAACACUCCAGCCGUGCCAAGCUACAUGGCAGCAACGAAAUCGGCAAAGGCAAAACUUAGAACACAAGGAUCUCCAGGGUUUGAUCAGGAUGGGGCAGAAAAUGUUUAUGCAAGGCGUCAUUCUGCGCCAUCCUCCACUAAUGGCAAAUCGGGCAUGCUGUCUCCUCGAGUGCAGAGGGUGGUAAAAGAAAUUGGCAGAGGGGGAAAUAGAAUGGACAAAUCACUGUCGUCUUCUAGAGAUGGUAAAGAGAAGGUGCUCCAGCCGGGGUGGAGAAGGUGAAAGAUGACUUCUUGGCAGCAGCUCUUCGUCAGUUCUCAUUCCGCAAAUUAAUUCUGUUCUAAAAUAUGGAAUGGAACUCCAAAAAUAAUAGUUGUUUUAAUGUACCCACUGUCUUUCUCAUGUUUUUACACUUUUUUACAGUAUGUUCAUCACCUGCAGUGUGUGUUGGUUCUAGUUAACAUCAUUCAUGUGGCUUAUUCUUUAUUGUUCUGUUUGUCUGUAGAGAGCAUUGUAAGAUGUGUGAAAGCUUGAACAUGGUUGAUAAACAGUAUAACAUUAGAAGCUGCAAAUUGUUGUUUUCACCUUUUCCUAAA